AUGCCUCUUAUCGCCACGUUAGUCUUGAUCGUUCUUGUGUAUAUCACCACGCGCAUCAUUUACCGCCUAUAUUUUCAUCCACUCUCCAAGUUCCCAGGUCCGACGCUCGCUGCCAUCUCAUAUCUACCCGAAAUAUACUAUGAUGUGCUCAAAGGUGGUAUGUAUAUAUGGGAGAUCGAACGGAUGCAUGAUAAAUAUGGAACAAUUGUCCGAAUUAAUCCACGAGAGAUCCAUAUCAAAGAUCCCUCUUUUUACGAUGAAAUAUAUACAAGUGGAAAACGUGUUCGACAUAAAGAUCCGGCUUUUACCGUCGCACUUUUAACUCCGGGUGCGAUGGCAUCGACAAACAGUCAUGAGCAGCACCGGCUCCGUCGGGCCUUACUGAACAACUUUUUUUCCAAACGGUCGGUGAUGGACCUUGAAGAAACCAUACAGGCAAAAGUAAACAUGUUACAAAAUCGAUUCAUAGGAGCAUUUCGGGAGAAGUUGGUCUUGAAUAUUCCGUCUGUAUUUGCGGCGUUGACUGCCGAUGUCAUCACGCACUAUUCACAUGGCAAAAGCUUGGGAUAUUUGGACGUACCUGAUUUCAAGAACGACAUGAUGGAAGCGUUGGAUUCGUUGUUUCGCAUUUUUCAUAUCAACCGGUUUCUCCCCAUGCUUGCAGUCAUGCUUUCGAGGCCUCCCUUUUGGAUAAUUGAGAUGCUGCACCUCCCAGAAGGUCUUUUUGGGGAGAUGAUCGAGGCAAGACUUCGGACUCGAAAGAGAGCUGCUGAUGCUUUAAAUAAGAAAGGAAAGACCACGGGAAAACCAGAGACCAUCUUUGAUGCCCUGACGGCGGUAUCUGUACCGGAAAAGGAGAGGACGUUGAGUAGGCUUGUGGAUGAGGCAUCGGUAUUAUUCGGAGCCGGAACAGAGACAACAGCAAGAACCUUAUCUGUUGCUGCAUUCUAUCUGGCAAAGGAUAAGGAUUUGAGGCAGAAAUUGUUCGAUGAAUUGACACAGGUGAUGCCUUCGCCAGCCAGUCAACCAAAAUGGGCAGAAUUAGAGAGAUUGCCUUUCCUGACAGGGGUUAUUCAAGAGGCACUUCGGUUGUCCUAUGGACUCAGCACUCGGUUGGCUCGCAUCGCCCCGACCGAAGCAUUGUUCUACAAAAGCUUUGUGAUUCCGCCGGGAACACCCGUCAGCCAGUCUGUAUACUUUGUCCACCAUGACCCAUCUAUCUUCCCCAAUCCUGAGAGAUUUGACCCAGAGCGAUGGAUACGAGCAACUGAAGAGGGUGUCAACCUAAGGAAAUACAUGGUAUCUUUUGGUAAAGGAAGCAGACAGUGUCUAGGCAUGAAUCUCGCCUACGCGGAAAUAUAUCUUACACUGGCCAUGUUUGUUCGGAACUUUGACCUUGAGUUGGUAGAAACGAAAGAGGAGAAUAUAAAGCUGGGCCGCGAUAAGGGAUUGCCUUACCCUGUCAAGGGAAGGUUUUCUGUUCGAUUCUGA